GCCACGCCCUGUCACGUUAUCUAGAAAAGAGCUGUAUUGCGGCUGUUCUCUCCAUGUUACAGAAGUGCUUUUGCCACGACAGAGCGCACGCCUACACCUUCCCUACUGAGCAGCGAUGCGACUGAUUGUCUUACUGUUGCUGGUGUCGGUUAUAGAGGGCGCUCUUCUUAAGCCAAGAGGACCCGAAGGCGCGUCCCAAACUAGCCAUGGAAAGGAACGGGAUAGAAAAGAAACUGACGAUAAACAACAGGAAAGCAGGAGUGAAAAGGAAAUGAUAGGGAGGAAACAGGGGGAAAACGAGCGUGUGGACUUAAGGUCUGAUACGAAGAAUGUCGCAAUUCAGGACAUAUGUGAUGACAACAUCGUCCUGAGUUAUGGAGAAUCUGCUGUCUUUUAUAGCGACAACGAUCAACUCGCUAUGAAAUGCAGGCUAAAAGUCAAGACACCUCCGGGCACUGAUAUCGGCCUUAAUUGCAUGACGUGGAACAUCUACCGUGGCGACUGUAAAAAAGAAUCCUUGCUUAUCAAAUACGAAUCAUAUACAGGUCGAAAGAAAAAGCUGUUGUACUGCAAAGACAAAAGUCCCGUGAAUAGAGUCUACCGGACGAACAAAAUCCUAAUGACGUAUAAACGGAAAAGACUCGAUAUCACUGAGUUCUCCGGAGGCUUUGUCUGUGAAGUUCGCACAGAAGGAGGAUCAGCAAGGCCCUAUUGCGACGGCUGCGGCUUCAUGUCCAUCAACGUCGACAGCAACAGGAUCGUGAACGGCAGUAACGCAUCGCCGAGAGAGUACCCCUACCAGGUUCUCGUGCUGCCCAGCAUAGGCACGAAAGUAUUAUCUUGUGGAGGCUCCAUCAUCAAAAGAAACUGGAUUCUUACGGCUGCCCACUGCUUCUUCGAUCGCAAGACCGGACUGAAAGCUACCUCUGUGGAAGUUCGUUACGGGUCUAUUAAUUACUUCUUAGGCACCUCCGUAACGUCAACGGAUUUUAUUACACAUAGAGAUUAUGACAACAAAACAGGGGCCAAUGACAUAGCGUUGGUGAAGCUUCCGGAGCCACUGCAGUACCAAAGCGACCCAAAUAUUCGUCCGAUUUGCCUCGGGCUGGACGAAGACAAUCUCUUUUCCGGGAAAGGCGUGGCUACCGGUUGGGGCGACCUGUCCUUCAAUGGCACUAGCCCCACCAUCCUGCAAGAGGUUGAGUUGGAUAUCAUUUCCAUGAGUGAGUGUGCAGCGAAGAUCUCGUUACCUGCUGAUCCCGAGAAGGUCAUGUGCAGUCUUACACCCUAUAAGGAUACAUGUCAGGGUGAUAGCGGCGGCCCUUUUGUAGUGCCUGUUGGAUUCGGAAGGUGGGUCCAAGUGGGCAUUGUCAGCUACGGGAUCGAAUGCGCAAGACCCAAUUCUCCCGGCGUGUACACCAGGGUCUCCGCUUACUUAGAUUGGAUCUCCUGUAAUUCAGGCGGUUCCGAGUGUGACUCCACAUAAUACCUGCGGCAGCGCCUUCGUCGGGGAGCAAUGAUCAGCGGCGGAUGGGAGUUCGUCAGCAUCGAGCAACGUGACCAGCUUUCUGAAAAUUAUUGGAUGACACUAUGACAGAAAAAAAAGAAACACAGAAAAAAAAGAAAGAUUUUUUUACUACUUCAACAUAUACAAUUAAAAGCACACACGCUGGAAUAAAAAUGCACAGCAA